AUGCUAGUGGUUAAGUACCGCAAGUUUGAACUGGUGCCGAUGGCCGAGGGCGACUAUCGGUUUGUUUGCGACUAUGAGCCUGGCUGGACGCUGGAAGGCGAGCAACAGAAGCCGAGUAGCAGGCAGCUCGGUGGCUUGGACCACUGCUAUGACGGCUGGUGCAUGUUGCGCAUCGGUUGGUCGCGCUUGUCCGAGAGGGAAAUAAACCGGUGCUUCGCUGCUACGCUUGCAUACUACCGGCCUCAAGUUUCACGGACACAGUGCCAGGACUUCCUCCGUCACUUCGCCAACCAGUUCGUUGACCGUCAUGACCUUCACUGGCGAUUGUUCAUCGACAAUACCCCCAUCGAAGGUCGGUCUGUCCCGCAUCUCCCUACACCACCGGCGGCCCUCGUGCAGCAGACACAGCAAGCGCAGGAACAGGGAAGUUUCAUGCGUCGCGUGGAUAAUCGUAAUACCUAG